AUGCCUCAGGGCACUGUAGACGGCGAAUGGACAGCAAACGAGCAGACGGAGACGACUGGACAUACGAAAGGAGCCGGAAGAAGACGCAGAAUAUGGAGAUGGCUCUGGCGUAACCUCAACUUCUACCGCGUGCACCUUACGGCUUUCAUCAUCACGCCGAUACUCGCAUCAAUAAUCUUUUACCUUUCCAACGGGCAGUAUCAUAUCUCAUAUGUCGACUCACUUUUCCUGUGCGUCACCUCCAUGACAGUCAAUGGUCUUAGCACCAUCAAUCUCAGCACUCUAACUGGUUUCCAGCAAGCCCUUAUGUACAUCCUCAUGUGCGCGGGACACCCCAUAGCCGUAUCUCUUAUCAUCAUACAAUCACGCAUGUGGAUGUUCGAGGAACACCUUGAACCUCUGGUUCGGAAGCGAAGAGAAGAGCGCGAGGCACGCAAACUACGAAGGGGAGAAAGUAAAUGGUCGACUCGGAUACUAACUCGGAUCAAAACAUGGACCAAACGAGAUGAGGCAAAGGUCGAUGUUGAACUCGCCGAGACGGACGGCGAUUCGACAAGCGUGAAGAGGGGUAGACUCAGGGCCAGUAUGAUCAGACGCGUCAACAAUGCACCACAAAGAAUUAACCCGUCUGGUCUCGUCAUGGACUCGCGAAUGGCAGAAGCGGUUUCCCAACCUCCCCCGACGAUCGAAGCAUCACCCCCAAUACUACAUGAAUCCCCCAGAUCAAUGCCGACGCAGAUAUCCCAAGAGUCUCCACCGGCGAUAGAGAUCCGCCAAGCGACUGGGGACAACGAGGCAUCUCCUGGCGAUUCGACGGUCAUGUAUCGUUCCCCCACAAUCUCUCUUGCAAAUCGUAGACCUACUCGUGAUAUCCGGCAAAACUCGAUCAUGGCUGAAGACAAGGCGACCACCUCCGCCUUUCCUCACAGUCAAACAAUCGAGUUUUCUCUCUCAAAGCCAGCCAGAACAACCUCGAUUGAUAGAGAAGCAAAGCGAGAUUUUUCUUCAUUCUCUAUGCAGGGUCACAGCGAAAGGAAGGAGAGACAAAUGUCACACCCUGUCGAUACAAUGUCGCGCAGCUAUGGUGGACCAGGCCUAGACCGCUAUCCUUCAAGAGUCGCAACUACGUUUCCGAGAACGAUGACUGGUGCAAGUCAGCGCCGUAAAGGUAGCAAGCAUACUGGUUUUGGAGGAUUCCCAACCCCAUACAGACUUUUGAUCAAGUUUGUAUCAUGGAUGGCUCCCGGUCUUGCAGAACGAAUUCGACUGCGACUCACUGUCCCUCGUACACCAUCGAUGGCGUUCAAAAACACGAAGUCCAUGGCGGCAGAGACAAUCGAAGCCGCGCUCCAAACAGAGCACAAAUUGAUUGAGAAAGACUUGGAGUUUUUGGGUGGCGUCGAAUACAAAUCUCUGAAAUUGCUUCGUCUCAUUGUCCUUUCAUAUCAUAUUGGGAUCCAGGUGAUUGGAAUGGCCAUAAUAGUGGGAGAAGCUUCUCGUAAAAAGUGGUUGCCGGCUUUUGAGGCCCAACCAAGAUUCGUCCCACCUGCAUGGUUCGCAGUCUUCCAAGCAACGUCGGCCUACACAAAUACGGGAACGUCGCUCAUGGAUCUUUCCAUGAUCCCUUUUCAGGGUGCGACGCUCAUGAUUAUCACCAUGUUCAUCUUGAUUCUCGCCGGAAACACUGCCUUCCCUAUUUUUUUGCGGCUUAUCAUUUGGGGUAUCAAAAAAGCUACGGAUGCAAACGCGCCAAUUCAGUCCCAGCUCCACUUUCUGCUCGCGCACCCCAGAAGGUGCUUCAUCUACCUUUUCCCUUCACAUCAAACAUGGUUUCUCUUGACGAUGAUUGUGACACUCACGAUCACGGAUUGGGUUUGCUUCCUGGUCCUCGAUAUUGGCAACCCGGUCACGGAAGCUGUUCCUGUAGGCACACGAGUUCUCAUUGGCCUAUUGCAAGCAUCGGCGGUGCGAGCUGCCGGCUUUGCGACGAUCAGCAUCAGCGCGUUGGCUCCUGCAGUCAAAGUUCUCUAUGUGAUCAUGAUGUAUGUAUCAAUUUAUCCAGUCGCGCUCUCCGUGAGAGCAUCGAAUGAAUAUGAAGAACGCUCCUUGGGGAUUUUCGUGGAGCCGGAUAACGACUCGGAGAGCAGCAGUCUACUCAGCCAAGAACGCGAGUUUGGGAAGCGGACUGGUGUCAGCAGGAGAAAGAUUUGGGGUGAAUACCUCGUUUGGCAUGCUAAGCAACAGCUCGCAUUUGACAUGUGGUGGUUGGCUCUGGCCCUCUGGCUUAUAUGCAUCAUUGAGCGAGGGCCUCUUUCCGACAACACAGAGUUGCGUUGGUUCGACAUUUUCACAGUUAUCUUUGAACUGGUCUCCGCUUACGGCACGGUUGGUCUGAGCUUGGGCGUUCCCUUUGACAACUUUUCUACCAGUGGUGCCUUCAAACCGUUGUCCAAGUUGAUUAUGUGCGCCGUAAUGGUCCGUGGUCGCCAUCGCGGACUCCCUGUCGCUAUUGAUCGGGCUAUUGUGCUCCCGAGCGAGUAUAAUAAGGAGAAUGCAUUCAUGCCACCGUUCGAGGGGUUCAACUCUCUAGGAGCGGGUGAAAUGUCGCAUGGGAGGGUUUCUUCCAUCAAACCGAGCAAUCCACCCGUCGAGCCAGAGCCACACAUUCCCAAGAUGCACUUGGAAGCAGUUCCUGAGUCUGGGCAACCUAGUCCAGCUAUGAAGCCAAUGCAAGAUGGCAGACCAAUCAGCCCCUCCGCGCUCUCCUUCUCGACACAAGAUACGCGCGAAGCAUCCACAACAAGGGAUGGGAGCACACCCCAAAAAUAA